UCAUCCACGAUGACUUCUCCCCAACUUCUCGCGUCGCUGCGAAGACUGCUCCCCGCAGAGGUGCCACCAUCACUGUCAACCAAACCCGCGAACCUCUACCAAGUGCUAUCAAAGUAUCCUAAGGACGGUGUUGGCCAGAAGGUCCAUCAAGCUCGAUGGGGCAGGAUAGGGAUCGAAGGGAGCUACUGGGAAGUGACGCGAACGAGGAUGAAGUGUGAGGGAUCUCAUGGGAAGGCUUGGGGUCUCAAGUACUGGAAAGGAAAGUGCGUCAGUGAACGCGAGGAGAGAAUCCGUGGCGCUUUGAAGUACACCUGGAGUACCGGCGAGUCUGCCGGAUCGGCAGCAGCGGGACCCCCAGCAGCGAAGUUGUCGUAA